AUGGCCGGCAAAGACCAGAACGAUCCUCACCCCAACACCGUCCCUUUACGAGAGAAGUUACCCGAUGACCUGCAAAAGCUCGUCGACAAGCAAGAUGACUCUUGGGACAACGUCUACGAAGGCGCGGGGCCAGAUACUACCGAAUCCAACGUACGAUAUGCUGCCUACGCAAACCGCCUGCGGACCAUUAUGCUGAGCGCCCACCGUUAUGUCGCGUACACAUCAGACAUCGGCGAGUCUUUUCGCCCUGUCGCCCAUCCCGUCCUCGUUCGAGGCGCAUACGCUGUGUCAUGGGCAUACAUACUUGGCGAUGUCGGCAAUGAAGGCUGGAAAGCGUACAAGAGAAAUCAGAGGCUUCUAGCUCCCAAGGCAGAAGAGUUUCACAAUGCCACCCAGAAAGACUCUACAGAGAAAGACCAGUCUCUAGCACAGACCACACCAGUCGAGAUACCUGCCAUCGAAGAUUACCGGAGUGUUAUGGUCCAGCGAGCUGUAUUUCAGAGCAUAGCAUCCAUGGGAUUGCCGGCAUUCACUAUACACAGUAUAGUAAAGUACUCCGGAAAGGCUCUGAAGAAUGCAAAGAACACAACCAUCAGGACGUGGGGUCCGAUUGGGCUCGGUCUGGCAGCAGUGCCCUCGCUUCCAUACUUGUUCGAUAAGCCUGUCGAGGAGGCUGUCGAAUGGACCUUCUACCAUGCCUUCCGCGCCGUUGGUGGUGAGAAGGCUGUUGGCGAUAAACAUUCUACAGGCAGAGAAGCGGCAAUGCAGGCCGAUGCUAGAGCAGUAGCCAAAGCGAAUAAAGAACUGUAA